AGGAGAUGUUCCGCAAGGCCAAGGAAGUAAAGCUGGAUGGCUCGGGGCCGACGCCCAGCGUGGGGGCUGUCACGGCCAUGACGGUUAGCCCUUCCGAGGAAACCGUCGCCAUAGCUACUGGAGGCAACCAGCUGCUGACGUUUUCACUGAGCCCCACGGACCUUAUCAAGGCGGAAGACAGUGCAGUGGAGCACGCUUUGACGUCGUUUCACUCUGGUCCAAUCUUCGGCCUGGAUGUGUGCGUGCGCAAGCCGCUGGUUGUCACCUGCGGCACCGACAAAACAGUUCGGAUCUGGAAUUUUGUCGACAAGACGCUGGAGCUAUGCAAAGUCUUCAACGAGGAAGCCUUUUCAGUCGCCUUCCACCCAAGCGGGUUUCACUUGAUCGUGGGCUUUGCAGACAAAGUGCGUUUGAUGAACCUGCUCAUGGAGGAUUUCAGAACCUACAAAGAGAUUCCAAUCAAGGCUUGCCGCGAGUGCCGCUUUAGCCAUGGCGGGCAGUUCUUUGCAGCAGUGAAUUCAAACACCAUCCAGGUGUACAAGACCUACACCUGCGAGGUAGUUUGCAAUUUGCGUGGUCAUCAGUCCAAGGUGAAGGCAGUGUGCUGGACCACAGAUGACUUCAAGCUAGUGUCCACUGGGCAAGAUGGAGCCACCUAUGAGUAUGACAUCCUCAAAGAAGGCCGCCGAGUAUCUGAAUGGUCGCAGAAAGGCACCAACUUCACCAGCAUCAUUGCAUACACAAACCCUGAAGCUGCACAGCAGUCGACGACGCUGUUUGUAGCGGGAUCUGACAAGAUGCUGAAGGAGGUGCAGAACUCGCAGCUGAACAAUUACUUGGAGUCCAACGCCACUCUGGGACAGCUGGCGCUUGCGCCAACUGCACGUGCGCUAAUCGCAGGAGUGGCCGAGCCAGACAUGCCGGGCUCCUUGCGCUGCUACACCUUUCCCUUGACUGGGGACUACGUGGAGUACCAGGCACACGCGGCUCCUGUCUCCCGGAUCCGGAUCGCAUGGGAUGAGCUGUACUUGUUCAGCACCGGCGACGACGGCUGCCUUUGCAUCUUCGACAUUAAGAAAACGGGACCCUGCAAACGAGACAAGGACUCGGGCCUUGGAUAUGCCGACGAGAUCCUGGUGACGCGGCAAUUCCUGGACGAGAAGCAAGCCGUGCUGCUGGAGUUGGAGCGGAAGGUUGAGGAGUUGGACAGCCGCAUCGCCUUCCAGCUGAGACACCGGGACGGCCUCCACAAGGAGAAGAUGGCGGAGAUGCAGGAGAAGUACAGCGAAGAGAUUGAGACGGAGCGGAGGAAGUUCGAGGUGCUUCGGGAGGAGAAGGCGGAAAUGGAGAUGGAGAAUGAAGAGCAUAUCAAGACUCUGGAAGAGAGCCACGCAAGGUACCUCCAGGGGCAGCAAGAGUCCUUUGACCAGAAGAUGAUUGUUGAGGAUCAACGUUACAAGAAGCUCGAGGCGGAUUUGGAGCGCGAAAAGCAGGAAUGGGAAGCUCAACACUCGGCUCUCUUGACAGAGCAUGCGGGCGUCAUUGAGCAGAUGAAGCAAGAUGCCGAGAAGAUCCAGAGGGUGAACAGAGAGACCAUGGACAGGAUCAUCAAGGAAAAGGAAAUGGCUUUCAAGCACCAUCAGGAGACACUGGCACAGCUGGAGCAAGAUGCCGAUAGAGAGAUUGAAGAGCUGAAAGAGAUGUAUGAGCAGAAGCUGGCACAGGAAAAGGAUGACAAAGUCAGACUCCGUGGUCAAGCGGGCAUCCACCAAAAGCACCACCAUGACCUGAACACAGAGAUGAUGAAAAAAGAAGAGGAGGUCAAAACGAAGGCUGAAGAGAGCCGAAAGGCGGAAGAGAAGAUCCAAGGAUUGGUAAAGGACAAAGACUCCAACGAGAAGGAGAUCAAAGAGCGCGACAAGACCAUCGCUGACAAGGAGCAGAGAAUUUUCGACCUCAAGAAGCAGAAUCAGGAGUUGGAGAAGUUCCGCUUCGUGCUGGACUACAAGAUCCGGGAGCUCAAAGCGCAGAUCGAUCCAAAGACCGCAGACAUUGCCUCGAUGAAGACUCAGACGCAGGCCAUGGAAGACGAGCUCAAUGACUACAAGCGUGACCUGGCAAGCAUUGCACUUCAGAUCUCCCAGCUGCAGAUGAAGCAGCGAGCACUGCAAGAGGAGAUCAAAGCACAAAAGAGGAAGCUUCGAGACGACUUGGCCCUCAUCAAGCGCUUCAAGCUCGAUUUGAGCGAUUGCAUGGAGACCAUUGCCGAGCCCAAGGCCUUGAAGGAGAGCGUCACGGCGCUCUACCGGAAGUAUGUCCAGGGCGGCGCCAAGAGACAGGACUUGGAUACGGACAUGCAGAAGGAGUACAACAGGCAGCGCGACUAUUUGGAGAAGUCCGUAGAUUCCCUGAAGCGGAAGCUGGAGAAGGAUAGCCAGGCCCACCGCAUCGACAACAUGCGGAUUAUGCAGGAGAACGUGUCCCUGAUACGAGAGAUCAAUGACCUACGGCGCGAGAUCAACAACCUGAAGCAUGAGCGACAAGCGCAGGAGCUGGCAAAUAUGGGCAGCAUGCAGAGCAACCGAGCCGACUUGGAGCGGGAGCUGGACAUGCAGAAGGAGGAGAUGGAGGCACCAGUUACUUUCCCUCCGCCAGAUUUGGAGACACGUGUGGUGGCCAACUCCAGGUUAGAAACUAGGCACAAUGAGUUUCCAGAGCUUCUCAUUUCUGCUUCGUUGGCCGUGCUGAUUGCUAACGCUACGCUAACGUCGCUAGGCCUUUUCAAGGUCUACAAGAGCGGGGCUCGGCAGGCGUGGGAGGAUGUGCCGCGAGCCUGGCAGACUCGCAUGAACUUUCCCGAGUUCGCGCACUGGAUGCAGGAGCAGGCCAUCUCCAGAUCGCGCGGGUUCGCUGUCUCGGAGCGGUGCCUUUUCGAUGCUUUGGACCUCAACGGCAUCGGAACGGUGACUUUGCAGGAGUUCAAGUUUCUGGACCAUUGGGCGCACAAGCGGCUCAAGAAGCCGUUGCCAGAGGAAGUCCAGCAGAAGCCACCGCAACAAGAACGCUCCGUGGAGUUGCCGGUGACCAAGCCACCGAAGAAGAACACCAUCAAGGGGCCUGGCGGAGCCGGGCGCGCUUGGCGCGUAGCGAUGGACGUGAAGGGGAACGGCGCCUUGACCCUCUUCGAGUUUGGCAGCGGCUGCCGGGCAGUAGGCUGGCCACAUGACCACACUGAGAUGUUCAAACUGAUGAAAGCAGCUGGCGGCGUGAAGCUUCGCGCCCUGGAUCCGGAGACGGCGGAGGCACUUGUGAGGUUCAAGGAGGAGGCGGAGGUCAAGUCCCGCGGUCCGCUCCAAGAGUUCUGGGCAGAGUUCAUGGACCCCGGUGGCACGGGCGCCAUCAGCCGCACUGAGUUUCUGAAAGACAUGGCCGUGACGCUAGGCAUUCCAAAGGAAAGCCUCGCGCGAGUUUUCACCACACUAGACCCAACAGACACUGGCUGGGUCUCAGAGAGCGAGCUGCAGUAUCUUCAGACCUUUGAAAGCUGCCUGGACUUUGCCGAAAAGGAGACAUUGCUCAUGGUGGCCAGUGGCAUCCAGUGUGCAGGUUCAAAGGAGCAGAAGAUCCAGCUUCCAGCAGGGGUGCUGGGGGAUUUCCGCCUUCCUUGGCAGGCCGUGGGGCGCAAGACGCUCAGCGCAGAGGAGCUCAUGGUUUCACCUCUGGGCCGCCAGCUGUGGGCACCACAUCGGAGCAGCCGCAGCUUCCAGUACCGUGCCCUCGAGAAUUCUCACAUGCUCAAGCACAGGUGGCUGUGCUCUUCAGUGGAAGAUCGAUGCCUCUUCAAGAGCCACGAUUCAGUUCAGACAAUGCGAUCUGACCAUAACCGGCUGUUCAGGAAGAAACGGAAUGAUUUCAUCUUCCGGACGAGUCAUGAGUUCUACCGCAAGGGCUGGCACAAAUACCUACACCCAGAGGACGAGGAGGAAGAACACCCAUCGUGAACGGCAGGGAUCAUGCCCACAUCGCCGCAGCACGUGGUUGGCAAGCAAAAGACGUCAGCGAAAAAAGAAAAUGAUGUGCGGAUGGGCUGCCGCAGUGAUUAGGCUUUAGUUGAGCUGUGCAAGGCUUGUGACCACUGAGUGGAUGCGAAACAACAAGCAAGUGACAUCAACUUGGCCUGUUGCUAGUUCAUUCGCCUUGACUGAAAAUGCGCGGGCA